UGAUAGAAAAGCUUCGGAUCUUUCUAUUCCUGUAACCUGUUGACAGUGGACAUAAGAAGUAAACAAAUUGACCCUGACCUGAAACUUCUAGAAUCUGUGGAAAACAAUUGACAAGAUUGCAUGCAUGUCAAGGUCUUUGCCGUGCCAUUUCCGUUCUUCUCGUUUUUCUAGGUGGGUUAUUUUCCUUUCCACUUUCCAGGAAGUUGUUCCUGGAAUCCUAAGAUCAUACAAAUCCAACAGGCUCAGGCCUUUUUAAAGUGCCUACUGCCAGAGAAACUCUUGUGUAAAUCAGUCUCUUACCUCAAGGUUAAGACAAAAUUUUCAUUUUGUCACACUCGACAAUCAUACUUGAACUCGUACUGGGAGAGAUUCAAUGAUCUCACCACUUUAUCAUUGUCAUCCUUUCCUGGUUAUCCUUUUAAGCGUUCUUUGGAUUUUGGCAACAGUUCAGGCUCAGGGCAAUGUAAGUGUAGGCAAUUUUCUAUCUGCAAAUGAUGAAAGCAUUCCAUGGCAAUCACCAUCCGGUGAUUUUGCCUUUGGUUUUCAUCCCAUUCAGGGCAAAGAAGAUCAGUUCCUUCUUGCUAUCUGGUAUGCCAAGAUACCCGACAGAACUAUAGUUUGGUAUGCCAAUAGACAGAAUCCAGCUGAGAGAGGAUCAAAGGUUGAGCUCACCAGCACCGGUCUUGUGCUCAAAGACCCUAAAGGCAGAGUGCUGUGGAGAUCCAAAAGCCCUAAAGAUGACACUCAAGCAUCAAACGCAGCCAUGCUUGAUACAGGGAAUUUUGUGAUCGCAAGCAGAAACUCAGGCAACAUAUGGGAAAGCUUCAAAUAUCCGACUGAUACCAUCUUACCGACUCAAGAAUUGGAUGCUGAUAGCAGUCUUUCAUCAGCUUUGACAGAUAGAAGUUAUCAGGAGGGGAAAUAUCAGCUUCGUUUUAAUAAUGGAUUUUUCAUACUUAAUCAAAUAGAUAUGUUCACUGGAAAACCUUACAACAAUUAUUUCAACCUUGGAAAUGGUUCUCGGUUGAUCUUCAACCAGUCAGGGUAUAUCCAAAUCCAGAGUUCGAAUGGAAGUCUACUCAACCUUGCACCAGAAAAUGCUCCUCCAGACCCAGAGUCAAACUACUACAGGGCAAUACUUAGUUUUGAUGGAGUGUUUACCUUCUAUUCGUAUCCAAGGAACCCCAGUGGCGGUGAAAGCUGGUCUGCCUGGUGGAUUAGGCCAAAGGACAUCUGCUCCAGCUUUGUAGACAGUACAGCUAGACUUGGAAAUGGCCCUUGCGGUUAUAACACCAUUUGCGAAUCUCUCAAUAAUGGGAGGCCUAAUUGCUCAUGUCCCCCAGGGUUUUCUUUCUUGGAUGAAAGUAAUCCAUACAAUGGCUGCAAACAAGAUUACACAAGCUACCUGGAAGAUUGCAACGUGGACGGAUCCACCAGUGAGGAAGAUCUCUUUGAAUUCAAGUCAAUGCAGUUUGUUGAUUUUCCUUUCAGUGACUUUGGAAUAUUGCAACCUGCAACUGAGUUUGAAUGUAAGCAAUCUUGCCUUCGUGACUGCUCCUGUGCAGUUGCCAUUUUACAGGAUCCAACUGUAAGUGAAGAUGGCAGUGGAACUUGUUGGAAAAAGAAACUGCCACUUUCAAAUGGACACGUUAACAGAGAGACUAUUGAUAGAACAUCCCUAUUUAAGGUAUUCAAGUCAGAUGCCCCUAAGACUAAGAAAAACCCUGCCACUCCAAAUCCAAAUGAUGAAAAUCAGGAUCAAGUUAUUUGGAUCCUUGGAGUUCUCUUAGGCACCUCUGCAGUUUUCAACUUUGUUUCUUUCGCUGCAAUUUCUCUCAUCUUCUUCUGCUUAUACAAAAGAAGACUGCGGGACUUCAACGGUAUUCCUAGCGGAAGCGACUUAGAGACUAAUCUACGUUCUUUCACAUACAAAGACCUUGAACAAGCCACAAACAGAUUCAAAGAAGAAUUAGGAAGGGGGGCAUUUGGUACGGUCUGUAAAGGAGAACUGCCAUCAAGUUUUGGAAAUUGUGUUACCGUCAAGAAACUAGACAAGUUUGUUCAAGAGGGUGAAAGGGAAUUCAAAACAGAAGUGAAGGUGAUUGGCCAAACUCACCACAAGAAUUUAGUGAGAUUAAUUGGCUACUGUGAUGAAGGUGAACAUCGACUUCUGGUAUACGAGUUCAUGCAAAAUGGUUCCUUGUCAAGCUUUCUUUUUGGAGUUCUAAGGCCUAGUUGGCAACAAAGAUUGCAUAUAGCAUUAGGAAUUGCAAAAGGACUCGCAUACUUGCAUGAAGAAUGCAGCAUACAGAUCAUCCAUUGCGACAUCAAGCCUCAAAACAUACUCCUGGAUGAUUCUUUCACUGCCAAAAUAUCUGAUUUUGGGUUGGCAAAGCUCUUGAUCAACAACACCAAAACACUGACCGGCAUCAGAGGGACUAAAGGGUAUGUUGCACCAGAGUGGUUCAGGAACACGCCGCUCACAGUGAAGGUAGAUGUUUACAGUUUCGGAGUCAUGUUGCUAGAGAUCAUCACUUGCAGAAGAUGUGUUGAAAUUGAGAUGGAGGAUGCUGCAAUAUUGACAGACUGGGCUUACGAAUGCCACAGUGAAGGCAUAGCGGAAAAGCUGGUGGAAAAUGAUGAAGAGGCCAGAAGUGAUCCUGCGAAGCUGGAGAUGUUGUUGAAAGUGGCAAUUUGGUGCGUACAAGAUGAGCCAUUGUUGAGACCUUCCAUGAGGACAGUCUCCAUGAUGCUAGAAGGUGCUGUCCAGGUUCCUACUCCACCAUGCCCUUUCCUAGCAAACCCACUGUAAAGAUUUUGAAGUUUGAUCCCAUAACCAUAGAGAAACCUUGUACUUUUACAACUUUACAUAGUUUCAGUUUUCAAGUUUUCCAAUAAUUUAGGCCCAAUCUAAGAGGUCAGAACAAGAGAUUCCAUGCACUUGCAAGGAAAAAAGAAAUUGAACCAUAAUUAAUGGUUAUUUUUCUUAAUGGAACAUGCAACAGAUUAUGGG